GCCGGCGUCUGGGCGUGGCCACGCUGCGGACGUGGCAGCGCGGCCGCCAUCGGGGUGGGUCCCAUGUGGAGCGGUGGUAAGUAGAGCCGCGGUCCGGGGCGGAGCGGGCCGGCUGGGCAGGCACGACUCCACUCCACUCCACUCCACUCUACUCUACUCUCACCUCACCUCCCCACGUCGGCGUGGCCGGCGGUUGCUGAGCCUGGAGGGAGCUGGGCGGGGCCGAGGAGGAGGGGUCGGCGUAGGGCUCCCCGCGGAGGUUGCCACGCCUGCGGUCCUUUCCACAAGGCCACGGAGCAUGGCCGGCAGAGGUGCUGGCAGUGGCCCGCAGCCGUCCGCCGUGGCGCAGCCGCUCGGCGGCGGUCACUUGUACCCCUUCGUGAGCGUGGAGAGCGAGGCACUCGAGGAGGAAGGUGAGCUGUCGGAACUGCGGCCGCGGGGCAGGGAGAAGGUCCGGCGGAGCGCGUCGAGGGACAGGCUGGAUGAUAUAGUCCUGCUGACGAAGGACAUCCGGGAUGGGGACACGCUGAACGCGGUCGCGCUGCAGUUCUGCUGCUCCGUUGCAGAUAUCAAGAGAGUUAACAAUCUUAUCAACGAUCAAGAUUUUUUUGCCCUGAGGUCUAUCAGAAUUCCAGUGAAAAAGUUCAGUGUGUUUACUGAAACCCAUCUAUCCCCGAAAGGAAGACCAGCUCUUCGGCCUGCUCUUUGUUCCCCAGAAGUACAGGAAACAUUUCUUUGUGAUAAAUUCUCUGCUAAUGAGACUGCUGGCAACUUCUUAAAAGAAGUCGAUCGAGAUAUAGAAGAAAUAGUGAAGUGUAAUGAUACAAAGAGAGAGAAUCUCAAUGAAGUUGUUUCUGCUUUAGCAGCCCAACAGAUUUGUUUUGAAACUGAUGGUAAAACUAAAAAAUUUAAGGAUCCUUACUAUGGAGCAGACUGGGGUAUAGGAUGGUGGACAGCAGUAGUGAUUAUGUUGAUUAUUGGCAUAGUAACUCCAGUUUUUUAUCUCCUGUAUUAUGAAGUUCUAGUGAAAGCAGAUGUCAGUCACCAUUUUCCAAUGGAAUCUCCCCAUUUGUUUGUCACAGCAGUAUCACAUCAGAAAGAAACAGAGAAUGGAAUAAAUCCAACAAAUAUUAUGAAAGUUGAUAAUCAAGGAGACCUUCAGCAUUAAUAGUGGAAGACCCUAGACAACUGUUAUUUGUAGAUACGUGAUAUAACCUUAGGUAAAGGGGAAUCCACAGAAUGCAAAAUGCACUUGGAAUGCAGAGAAGUAUACUGAUGUGUGACUUGCCUUUAUGGGCAGUGUUCCACUACAAGGAUAUUUCUGGGGAUCACAGCAUCUCUGAAUAUACCUGAGAUAGACAAUUUGCAAGAUUGGGGUGUAUAUUAAGGUAUGAAGUCAUCUCUGAAGCUUUGCACUUUUUUUUCUAUUUUGAUAGGCAUGUUUCUUAAUUAAUGAUGAGGUGAAAAGAUAUAGUUCAAACUAACAGACAAGGAGUCUUUGAGUUUUACAGCCCAGAAGUGGACAUAUGGGGAUAGCUAACUUUUAAACAUCUGAAAGGAUUUACAGAAUUCAUAGUACACUUGACAUUUUAAUAUCAGGUUUACAGUUCUAAGUUAAAGUGGUUUUCUCAUAAUUUAAUCUUUCUUAUAGAGUAAAACUCAGUCAUUCCAUAAUUAAUGGCCAGUAUGAAGUUCUUUUUUACAGAGGCAAUAGCAAACACUUAAACUGUAAUCUUGAAAUCUUGUGCCUAUGGUCAACCCAUUCUUUAGUACUUUUCAGUAUAGGCACUAGGGUAAUUUGUUUUCUCUUUGUGAUUCUGUGCCUCAACACAGUCCACUUGGCAGUCCUCUUGAAACUUUACAUUCUUCCUUGGUAUCCUGCUGAAAACUGACUAGACUGCAUUCUUAUCUGGUCACUUAUGUGUAGAAUAAAAGAAGUGCAGAAGUGUGGCACCUUGCUGCAACUGCCCCAGUAGUCCUUAUUUUCUGCUAAUAGAUUUCUCUGUUUCCCCAUCAGUUAAUCUCAGUUCAGGACCAAGUGAUUGAUCAGAUAGCAGUCAUAUGGGUACUGAGCAUGCUAAUACUAGUCUUGUGCCCAUGAACCUCAAGCUCUUAACUUUUUCCUGAAAUGUCAUAGAAGACUUCAAAUUAUAUUUAAUGCCUGCUAGCAAAUUUGAGCAGAAUAGACAACUUGCAUCUACACACUUGUACUUUACAUAUUAAUGUAUUUAUUAACCAAUCCCCUCUUAAAUGUUUCUCUUGGCAUUUCAUGAUCAACCUUGGUUUUCUCUUUUUCUUCCCCAUCUAAGAAUGCUUCACAAUAAAAAGCAAACAAACCCAUAAAAAACAUAAAUAAAACCCCCACACCUCUGGACUCUUCAUGCAGAAAGGAGGUACUUGUGUACUGAAUACUUUUAAAUAAAAACUGAGAUGGUGCCUAAAA